AUGUUACCGAAAUUAAAUAAACGAGUUAUACAGUAUGGAAUACUUAUUAUAAGUUUAUUGGUGAUAAUAUCUGGAAGUUCAAUCCUUAUCUAUUUUGUCUUAAAGAAUAAACAAGCGCCAAAGAAUUUGGCAAUUUAUCUUCCGAACAACACUAGCAACUCAACUAUCUCAAAUGCUUGUCAUGAUUUUUACCAGUUUGCUUGUGGAGAAUGGGAAAACCAAAAUCAUUUGAUUAAUGAAGACGCUAGUUUGAAUGCAUUUAAUAAAAUGGAAAUAAUGACCGAUCAUUACUUCUGGAAAAUAAUUGCUGAUGAAUCCUACGACAUAGAAGAUUCACAUCUACAAAAUGCUCGAAAGUUUUACAAAUCUUGCGUAUUCACUCGUAACUGGAAAACAGCUCAAUUAGCUUAUCAAUCAUUAAUACGUGAUCUAUUUGGUGGAUGGGAAUUAAUACCGUCAAUUUCAACAGAUACUAAAGAAAUGAAUCUAACUGAGCUAUUUCUACCAAUAAUAAGUCAAACUGGUAAUUCACUUUUAUUUUCAAUAAAUAUCAGGCAGGAUAUAUUCGCCAUAAAUAUUUCACCAGGUCGGAUGGGAUUAAAUCCUGCUUCAACACAAGCUGUUAUGGAACAAUUCGAAGAGAGUUAUUACAAGCUUGCAUUUGGAAUAGGAGUACCUUAUUUUGAGCAAUCACAGUUAACAAUUGCUUUUCAAAUGUUGGUCGAUUUGAACACUAAGAUAACGGUUACACAAGGACUUCAUGUGGACGAGUUAAAUGAAAUUAUUUCAAUGAAGGAACUGAUAUCCAUUUGUCCUCAGAUCGACUGGAGUUAUUUAUUAAAAGAAUUACUACAACAAACUGGAUAUAAAAAAUCCAAGAAACUGUCAAUCCUUAUAGGAGGACGAUAUCAAAUUAAACAUCGUUGCGAAUUAUAUGGUGAUGUAAUAAAAACAAAAAAAGAUAAAAGGUGA